AUGGACGGAGCUAAACACAGCUCCAGCUCGUCUGUGAGCUGUGUUGUGCAGAGUGAUCCCAGUCUGUGGCAGGUUCUGAAGCAAACCCAGGCUGGACGUGCGAUUGGCCGAGAGCUGGCAGUGGGCGGGGCCAGAGGAGCCGAUCAUGCCUCACACCUGCUGUCAGACACAGAUGAUGAUGAUGAAGAUGAAGAGGACACAGAUGAUGAUGAUGACACAGAUGAUGACGAUGAAGAGGACACAGAUGAUGAUGAUGAAGAUGAUGAUGAAGAGGACACAGAUGAUGAUGAUACAGAUGAUGAUGAUGAAGAGGACACAGAUGAUGAUGAUGAAGAGGACACAGAUGAUGAUGAUGACACAGAUGAUGAUGAUGAUGAUGAAGAGGACACAGAUGAUGAUGAUGAUGAAGAGGACACAGAUGAUGAUGAUGAUGAGGACAAAGAUGAUGAUGAUGAGGACACAGAUGAUGAAGAUGAUGAUGACACAGAUGAAGAUGAUGAUGACACAGAUGAUGAUGAUGACACAGAUGAUGAAGAUGAUGAUGAUGACACAGAUGAUGAUGAUGACACAGAUGAUGAAGAUGACACAGAUGAUGACGAUGAUGACACAGAUGAUGACGAUGAUGACACAGAUGAUGAAGAUGACACAGAUGAUGAUGAUGACACAGAUGAUGAAGAUGAUGAUGAUGACACAGAAGAUGAAGAUGACACAGAUGAUGAUGACACAGAUGAUGACACAGAUGAUGAAGAUGGUGAUGAUGACACAGAUGAUGAAGAUGACACAGAUGAUGAUGACACAGAUGAUGAUGAUGACACAGAUGAUGAAGAUGAUGAUGAUGACACAGAUGAUGAAGAUGACACAGAUGAUGACGAUGAUGACACAGAUGAUGAUGAGGACACAGAUGAUGAUGAUGAUGACACAGAUGAUGAAGAGGACACAGAUGAUGAUGAAGAUGAUACAGAUGAUGAAGAGGACACAGAUGAUGAUGAUGAGGACACAGAUGAUGAAGAUGAGGACACAGAUGAUGAUGAUGACACAGAUGAUGAUGAUGACACAGAUGAUGAAGAGGACACAGAUGAUGAUGAUGAUGAGGACACAGAUGAUGAAGAUGACACAGAUGAUGAAGAUGACACAGAUGAUGAUGAUGAAGAGGACACAGAUGAUGAAGAGGAUACAGAUGAUGAAGAUGACACAGAUGAUGAUGAUGAUGAUGAUGAUGAUGAUGAUGAUGAUGAUGGUGAUGUGAUGACACAGAGUCAGGUCUCUAACACCAGAGCGGAUCCAGAGGUGACCCGCCCACACUGGACCCACCUCAGAAGGGUCCAUGACACUAAAGUGGCUCUUGGUCCAAAAGUGGCUCUUGGUCCAAAAGUGGCUCUUGGUCCAAAAGUGGCUCUUGGUCCUAAAGUGGCUCUUGGUCCAAAAGUGGCUCUUGGUCCUAAAGUGGCUCUUGGUCCUAAAGUGGCUCUUGGUCCAAAAGUGGCUCUUGGUCCAAAAGUGGUUCUUGGUCUAAAAGUGGCUCUUGGUCCAAAAGUGGCUCUUGGUCCAAAAGUGGUUCUUGGUCCUAAAGUGGCUCUUGGUCCAAAAGUGGCUCUUGGUCCAAAAGUGGUUCUUGGUCUAAAAGUGGCUCUUGGUCCAAAAGUGGCUCUUGGUCCUGAAGUGGUUCUUGGUCCAAAAGUGGUUCUUGGUCCAAAAGUGGUUCUUGGUCCAAAAGUGGCUCUUGGUCCAAAAGUGGCUCUUGGUCCAAAAGUGGCUCUUGGUCCAAAAGUGGCUCUUGGUCCAAAAGUGGCUCUUGGUCCAAAAGUGGUUCUUCUUCCAAAAGUGGCUCUUGGUCCAAAAGUGGCUCUUGGUCCAAAAGUGGCUCUUGGUCCAAAAGUGGUUCUUGGUCCAAAAGUGGUUCUUGGUCCAAAAGUGGCUCUUGGUCCAAAAGUGGCUCUUGGUCCAAAAGUGGCUCUUGGUCCUAAAGUGGCUCUUGGUCCAAAAGUGGCUCUUGGUCCUAAAGUGGCUCUUGGUCCUAAAGUGGCUCUUGGUCCAAAAGUGGCUCUUGGUCCAAAAGUGGUUCUUGGUCUAAAAGUGGCUCUUGGUCCUAAAGUGGCUCUUGGUCCAAAAGUGGCUCUUGGUCCAAAAGUGGUUCUUGGUCCUAAAGUGGCUCUUGGUCCAAAAGUGGCUCUUGGUCCAAAAGUGGUUCUUGGUCUAAAAGUGGCUCUUGGUCCAAAAGUGGCUCUUGGUCCUGAAGUGGUUCUUGGUCCAAAAGUGGUUCUUGGUCCAAAAGUGGUUCUUGGUCCAAAAGUGGCUCUUGGUCCAAAAGUGGCUCUUGGUCCAAAAGUGGCUCUUGGUCCAAAAGUGGUUCUUCUUCCAAAAGUGGCUCUUGGUCCAAAAGUGGCUCUUGGUCCAAAAGUGGCUCUUGGUCCAAAAGUGGUUCUUGGUCCAAAAGUGGUUCUUGGUCCAAAAGUGGUUCUUGGUCCAAAAGUGGUUCUUGGUCCAAAAGUGGCUCUUGGUCCAAAAGUGGUUCUUCUUCCAAAAGAGCCAUCAGAUGCAAUUAGCAGAGUGCUAAUGGAGCCUGAUGAGGCGCCUGCUGGUCUCCUGCUGGUCCCUGCUGACAUCAUCACUGUGUAUCCUCAGAACACAAACCCACUUAUUCUCACUGUGGGCGUCCACUCUACUCUACUCGAGUAG